UUCAGAAUUAUAGAUAUCAAAAAAUAAAAACAAUUUAUACUUUCGCAUCACGAUAGCAAAUUGUUACCUGGAGAAUCUGCUAUAUAUACGAAUUCAAGAAGAAGAACCAUAAAAGCAUAACAGAAAGAAAAAAAAGAAGCAAAAAUGGCGACAUGGUUUCUAAUCAUCUUCCUCUCUCUCACACUUGCCCUCCUUCUCCACCUCUUCCUCCGCCGCACCAACUCUCUUCCUCUACCUCCUAACCCUAACUUCUUCCCCAUCCUUGGUCCCUUCCAGUGGCUCCGUCAAGGCUUCGAUGGUUUUUACUCCUACCUCCGCUUUAUCCACCACCGUCUCGGCCCAAUCAUCUCCCUCCGCAUCUUUUCCGUCCCUGCCAUCUUCGUCUCUGAUCGUUCCUUGGCUCACAAGGCUCUCGUUUUAAACGGCGCCGUUUUCUCCGAUCGUCCACCGGCGCUUCCAACCGGAAAGAUCAUCACUAGUAACCAACACACUAUCAGCUCAGGUACAUACGGAGCCACGUGGCGGCUUCUCCGUCGAAAUCUCACUUCCGAGAUUCUUCAUCCAUCUCGCGUCAAAUCUUAUUCCAACGCUCGUCGCUCUGUUCUUGAAAACCUCUGUUCUCGAAUUCGUAAUCACGGCGAUGAAGAAGGAAAACCGAUCGUCGUCGUUGAUCAUCUCCGCCACGCAAUGUUCUCGCUUCUUGUUCUCAUGUGUUUCGGAGAUAAGCUUGAUGAAGAACAGAUCAAACAAGUCGAAUUCGUUCAAAGAAGAGAGCUCCUCACGUUACCAAGAUUCAACAUCCUCAAUGUCUUCCCUAGUUUCACCAAACUGUUUCUAAGAAAGAGAUGGGAAGAGUUUCUUAUGUUCCGUAGAGAACACAAGAACGUCUUGCUUCCGUUGAUUCGAUCCCGGAGAAAGAUUAUCGAAGAAUCUAAAGAUUCCGAUAAAGAAUACGUACAAUCGUAUGUAGAUACUCUGCUUGAUCUUAAGCUUCCUGAAGAGAAGAGGAAACUAAACGAAGACGAAAUCGUGAGCUUAUGCUCUGAGUUUCUCAACGCCGGGACUGAUACAACAGCGACGACGCUACAAUGGAUCAUGGCGAAUCUUGUGAAAAAUCAAGAAAUCCAAGAGAGAUUAUACAAAGAGAUCAAAAGCAUAAUCGGAGAAGAAGAAGAGAAGGAGAUUGAAGAAGAAGAGAUGAAGAAGAUGCCUCCGUAUCUUAAAGCUGUUGUGUUAGAAGGUCUCCGGUUACAUCCACCGGGACAUUUGUUGUUACCACACAGAGUAAGUGAAGAUACAGAAUUAGGAGGAUACAAGGUUCCAAAGAAAGGGACGUUUAAUAUCAAUGUGGCGAUGAUAGGGAGAGAUCCAACGGUGUGGGAGGAGCCAAUGGAGUUUAAGCCGGAGAGAUUCAUCGGAGAAGAAGAAGAAGUGGAUGUUACUGGAAGUAGAGGGAUAAAGAUGAUGCCUUUUGGAGCAGGAAGGAGGAUUUGUCCAGGGAUAGGAUUGGCCAUGUUGCAUUUGGAGUAUUUUGUGGUGAAUUUGGUGAAAGAGUUUGAAUGGAAAGAAGUUGAAGGUGAUGAAGUUGACUUGUCUGAGAAAUGGGAGUUCACUGUUGUCAUGAAGUAUCCUCUUAAGGCUCGUGCUGUGCCAAGAAUGAAGGAUAAGACACAUAUUGUCAUGGCUUAGAGACAACAGAACAGACUAGAUUGAUUUCUUGGGGAUGUUUUUUUUUUUUUUUUGUUAAAGAGUGGUUUUUGGUUUGUCCAAAACGUUGCCGUUUUAAUAAAGGCAGCCAUUUGUGGAAACGUUGUCGUUUUCAUGGCUCUCUCAUUUGUUGAAAGCCCUAGAAAAUGGAAAUAGGACCUAUAAAUAA